GGCAUUUGAUGACCAGAAUCCCAUAAGUGAACACUUUCUUGCCAAAGAAGAAUCCAUCUUUUUCGCCAAAUCAUCAUUCCAGUCUUCUCUUCUUCUUCGCACAGACCCAAAUAUCUGAAUCUGAAAACAAAACCUAGAAAUGGAUUAAGCAAAAUUUCUUCAUCAAUUUCUCAGUAAAAUCUAGAUCAGGAGGAGGAAAUCAUGACUUGGUUUAGAAAUCUUCUUACAACAUCAACAAUCAAAUCAUCAAUCAAAUCAAAAACCUUAAUAAACCCGUAUCGGAAAUUCAUUUUCACAUCACUGACUCAUUUCAGUUCUGAAUCGGCGGCAACAACAACGACAGAAACCAAAUCUCCAUAUACACCCACGUAUUCAGGACUUGAACCUACGAAACCAGGUGAGAAACCUAGGGUUGUUGUGUUGGGAACAGGAUGGGCAGCAUCGAGACUUAUGAAAGGAAUUAAUACUGAUAUAUAUGAUGUUGUUUGUGUAUCGCCGAGGAAUCAUAUGGUUUUUACACCAUUGUUAGCUUCUACUUGUGUUGGUACACUUGAGUUUCGUUCUGUUGCUGAACCGAUUGGAAGGAUACAACCUGCAAUUUCUAAAGCUCCUGGUUCUUACUUCUUCCUUGCUAAUUGUAAAGGAGUUGAUGCUGACAAUCACAUGAUUCACUGUGAGACUGUCACGGAAUCGUUAGACACACUGAACCCAUGGAAAUUUAAGGUCUCGUAUGACAAGCUAGUCAUAGCAUCAGGAGCAGAAGCCUCAACUUUUGGAAUCCAUGGCGUGAAAGACCAUGCCAUUUUUCUUCGUGAAGUUGCUCAUGCUCAAGAAAUCCGUAGGAAACUGCUCCUUAAUUUAAUGCUUUCGGAUGUGCCCGGUAUUACUGAGGAUGAAAAGAGAAGGCUCCUACAUUGUGUUGUUAUUGGAGGUGGCCCAACAGGUGUUGAGUUUAGUGGUGAGCUUAGUGAUUUCAUCCUUAAAGAUGUUCAUGAAAGAUACGCCCAUGUGAAGGAUUAUAUCCAUGUAACCUUGAUUGAGGCAAAUGAGAUACUAUCGUCAUUUGAUGUUCGCCUGCGGGACUAUGCAACUAAGCAACUGACCAAGUCAGGAGUUCGCCUUGUACGUGGAAUCGUCAAGGAUGUUCAACCUCAAAAAAUUAUUCUUAACGACGGCACAGAGGUCCCGUAUGGUUUGUUGGUAUGGUCUACAGGUGUUGGUCCUUCAUCAUUUGUAAAAGCUACGGAAUUUCAAAAAUCACCAGGUGGCAGGAUAGGAGUGGAUGAGUGGCUACGGGUUCCAUCUGUGCAGGAUGUCUAUUCCAUUGGGGAUUGUUGUGGGUUUCUUGAAAGUACCGGUAAACCUGUACUUCCAGCUUUAGCUCAGGUGGCAGAGAGGCAGGGGAAAUAUCUAGCACACUUGCUGAACAAAAUUGGUAAGAAUGGUGGAGGGCGUGCAAACAGUGCUAAAGACAUGGAACUUGGGGGACCAUUUGUUUAUAGACAUUUGGGGAGCAUGGCUACUGUUGGGAGAUACAAAGCUCUUGUCGACCUUAGGCAAAGCAAGGAUGCAAAAGGUGUAUCAAUUGCAGGAUUUAGUAGUUGGUUCAUUUGGCGGUCAGCGUAUCUUACCCGUGUGGUAAGUUGGAGGAAUAGAUUCUAUGUGGCAGUCAACUGGGCCACAACAUUUGUUUUUGGCCGUGAUAUAAGUCGUAUCUAACUGAAACAUUGGAAUAGAAACAGAAUUAUUGAACUGUGAGCAGAACCCCACGUUAUAAGCUGCAAGAACUCACCCGAUUGUAACCGAAAAAUAGAUUGCCUAACACUGGAUGGAAUUGCAGUUGAUUAGUUUUUGGUAGCCGCAGUUCUUUAUUCUAUGUCUGGAAUGUCUGGAGUUCAAAGAGUUAAUUCAAGUUUGUAAAUUUAGCAAUAACCACUUUCCAGGUCCAUUGUCUUUUUUAUUUUACUUUCGAAGAAACCAAACAAAAUAAACUAGAAGGCAGAUUGAGAUUUCUCCCAAUUCAUCGUAUACUGUUCUUUCUAUUUACUCA